GAUAUAAGGAAAUUUUGUGUUUUUACUGUGAUUUUUAUUAUUUUCGUCUUUUGUAAUGACAGUGAAUUCGAAGGAUCAGAAUCAUCAGAAGUGUAAUUUAUUAAAAAAUUUAGUUCAUCAGAAGAGUGAGGAAAAAAAAGAAAAACUUGUUGAUGAAGAUUUGCAAUGCAGAAUGAAUUGCGAUAAUUUACAAGAACGUUUUCAAGAUCUGAGUGAUAGGCUUAACGAUUUAAGAAAUAAUUUAAUUAAUAAGCAAAUAGAAGCCACAAAAUCGGAGAAUAUAGCAAGAAAGGAUUUCCCGGAUUCAGAUAAAUACAGUGAUAGAAGGAAAACUAGAAAGGAUGGAGUCCUGCCGGAAAAAGAAUUUCUUCCGCGAAAUUCCCUCCUCACGGAUUUAUUUGAGAUCCAGCAUAUCAAAACAAUUUACAACAUUUUCAUAGUGAUUCUUAUACUUCUAUUUAUGAGUACUGCCAUUCAUGACAUUAUGGAAACUGGAACAGUACAACUUGGCAUUCAAACAAUAAUUACAGCUUUCGGUAAAAUGCCAAUAGUUAUUUACACUUGGAUUGGAAUGACAGCGUCAACAUUUUUACUUUAUUCCAGUUUUGCAUUUUGGGCUCAUAAACGCUUAGAUUUCCAGCCAAAAUCCUAUUCGUUAAAAAUUUUGGAUUAUGGAGCACUAACGUCUUUUAUCGUCUUUCAAAUUACAUUUAUUAUUUUUCCAACAAAAUCUAUUUUUGAAGAGGAUCUCCCCCCUGCAUCCAGUUUAAUAGUAAUAAUGGAGCAGGUUCGCAUGUUAAUGAAGUCUCACGCAUUUGUGAGAAGCAAUGCUCCAAGAGUGUUGUCAUUCAAGUCUCACACGGAGAAAGAAGAAAUUUUAUGUCCCGGUUUUUCAAAGUUUUUGUACUUUAUGUUCGCGCCAACUUUAGUGUAUCGUGAUAGUUAUCCCAGAACCAAAGAAAUUCGUUGGAAAGUCGUCGUGUGGCAUUACACGGAAGUUGUCCUCGUCAUAUUUUAUGUUGCAUUCCUUUGUGAACGUUUCCUAAUGACUGCAUUCAAACAAUUUGGUGUUCAACCCGCUAAUCCCGGAAUACUCGUCCAUAAUAUAUUCAGCAACAUGAUGCCUGGAAUAUUAGUGUUUCUCUGUGGUUUUUAUUGUCUCCUUCAUUCCUGGAUGAAUGGAUCGGCCGAACUUCUUCAGUUUGCUGACAGAAUGUUCUACAAGGACUGGUGGAACUCGACAUCCUACAGCACCUACUAUCGUACCUGGAACAUUGUCGUGCACGAUUGGCUCUACAAUUACAUUUACAAGGACAUGUACGAGGUUGUUGCUCGGAAAAAUAAGAUUCUCUCAACAAUCACUGUCUUCAUGGUGUCGGCAUUGUUUCACGAAUACAUCAUGGCCGUUGGAUUCCGCUUCUUCUAUCCCGUGAUGCUGAUCAUGUUCGGGGGAUUCGGCAUGUGCCUUGUUUUCAUUCCCAAGGAAAAUACAAAGUCGAAUGGCAACAUUUUCCUCUGGCUGUCACUUUGCAUCGGCACUGGUUUAAUGUUGAGUCUCUACGCGAUGGAAUUUUACGCUCGAAUCAAUUGUGCCCCUCGCGACAAUAAGGUUCUUGACUUCUUCUUACCAAGAAGUUGGUUCUGUCGAAAACAAUCUCUCCCGUCUAAUUUAUAAAAUCGAUUCGCGAUAGUAUUCGUUAAAUAUAAAAUCCAAUUAUUUUUUACAAAAAGAAGUAAGUUUAUUCGAGUCUUACAUAUAUUUUUGUCAUUACACCUAACGAUAAAGGUAGAACAAUAUAAUAAUUAUAUACAAUAAUUCAUAUAUAUAUAUAUAUAUAUCUUCUCUAUACAAAUUAAUUUAUGACCUUUAUGUAUAAAUGUAUAUUUGUACCUAUUUAAACAAGGCGAUUCGAGACAAUAUUCGAUUAAUCAACAAUUGAAAGAAAAUUUUAAGAGACCUUGAGGUAGUUCCAAGUAGCCAAGGAAUUGAUAAAACUAUUAUUAUUAUUCACUUUUUUAAAUUAAAAAUUAAAAAGUUUAAAUUUCUCGGAUCGUCCUGUAUUCUGACAAUUUGUCUUUUAUUUAUGGCAGAGUUAAAGGCCAAACAGUGGACACUAAUUACUAUCAGUGUUUCUUUGUUUUAAUUCAUCUUUGUCGAUCGAUGAUAAGGCUGAACAGUUUAGCAAGUUACACACUGAUGAACGUAAAUUUUCUUUUCUAAUCGUCAAAAUCAAUUUACUCUAAUUUAACUAGUUCUUUUUUAAAAAUUUCUUUUUCAAAAAAUUCUUUUUUAAAUACUUCUCAAAUUUAGAAUUUCGUUUAGACACAAUUCGAAUGUAAUGAAAAAAAAAGGUUAUGAAUAAUUUUUAUCUUUCAGUAGUACAGGUGAAGAAAAAUUAUUAGCGUAAACUUAGUAACAAUGGUGGAAUAUGUGAUAUUAAAAUGAUUGUCUAGCCGUUCGAGACGACAGUAUUUUCUUUUAUCUCCAUAUAAAACAGAAAUAAAAAUUAUCUACAUAUUUA